AUGAUGAAUCUGGCGCUUAGUCCUGCCACCAGAACAAAAGUAGUGCCGCCGCCAAUCCAGAAUGGUUCAACUCCAGCUACUGUUAAAACCAAACUAUGCAACAAAUACAGCAGGACAGAAGGUUGCAAAUACCAUGAUAAAUUCCACUUUGCUCAUGGGGAGUGGGAGCUUGGCAAACCUAUCAUACAAGCUCAGGAGGAUCCUCGUGCCAUUGGAGCUAUUCCUGGCUGCUUUGUUGCUCGAGCAAAGCCACCUGUACCAGGACCUGCAGGCAGUUUUAGUGCCUCAGCUACUACCAAGAUCAGUGUGGAUGCUUCCCUAGCUGGUGCCAUCAUUGGGAAAGGCGGAGUGAAUUCCAAGCAGAUAAGCCGGCAAAUGGGAGCCAAGUUAGCUAUCCAAGAGCACGAGACAGAUCCAAACCUUAGAAACAUUGAGCUCGAGGGUACAUUUGAACAAAUUAAGCAAGCAAGUGCAAUGGUGAGAGAACUGAUUAUUAGUAUUGGUUCAGUUGGUGGCCCUGCGAAGGCCAUUGGAGGCCCUGGAGGUCAUGCUACCCCCGGGAGCAACUUCAAGACCAUGCUUUGUGAGAACUUCUCCAAAAGGUCCUGCACAUUUGGAGAUAGGUGCCAUUUUGCCCACGGGGCAGCUGAGCUACGCAAAACAGGGAUUUAA